GCAGUUGGAGGGAGCAGUUGGAGCAGUCGCGAUAUGCGGAGGUUUGAUUCCUCGUCGCGUGCACCGUCCCGCGCGACUCGAAUGGACUCGAUGGACCGCGCGAGGGCGAGGGGUUGACGCCGCGAAGGGUCUCGGCUGGAAAUAUAUGUGAUCGCCCGAGAUCUCGCCGCAACAGCAGCCGCAGCCACCGCCGCCGCCGCCGCCGCCGCCACCACGAACGGCUGCGGUCUCUCCAAGAAUAGCGAUACGCGACAGGAGGCCGAGAGCGAGAGGGGGUGACGGACAGAGGGUGAGAGAGAAGGGAAAACUCCGUCCGCGGCGCAAAGCAAAGCCGCCGCCGCUUCGGGGAUCGCGCACCCCGCACCAGAAGACUCCCGGACGUCGAGUGUCGCGCGUCGCCGAUUUGCACGGGGGGAUCACCGCGAACGAGUAGACGCCGAGAGAAAAGCGUCCCCGUCGCCGAGUCUCUCCCGUCCGUGGAUAUCUCCGUGACGUCACCGUGCGCGCCGCGACCGUGCGCGAUCGAAUCAAGGCCGCUCGCCGUCGCGUCGCGUCGACCCGGGCCCCGGGCCCCGGGAAGCAGACCGCGCGUCGCUCGCCUCGGCGCCUCGCGCUCCCCGUUCGUCAUGAGGGAAAAUCUCUGUCACAAAGAGCGAUAGAGGGAGAGUGUGUGAGAAACACGAUGUUUGACAAUGCGUGAAAGACACCUCUCGGUUUUCCUAUAAUAAGCUUCAAAGCUUCACCCCGUCGUAGACAGUCGUAGGGGCGACGUAGCUCCCCUGCUUCGCUUCUCCGGAUCUCGUAACUUGCCAAGAAAAAACCCAAUGACGGCAGCGAUUUGGCACUGUACGCGAGACGACAGCGUUACAGGACUACGUACGUCAUGUGACUCGAUGAUCGCAGAGUUACUUUUAACAAAUGUAAAAUGCGCGCGUCGAACGGAUUUUAAGAGGAUAUCACGGAAGGACGCGCUAGCUUGAGCCUUGCACUGCCAUAAUAAUGUUCAAACGAGUUGACGACCGUCAGAGAUCGUCGGAAAGGUUGAUUAUGUCACGUUCCCGUAAAUAUAAUUGCGAACGAGGAAGCGCAGAGUGACGAGAAAACGGAGUGACUUGUUGUAUCUCACGAUUAAAAUUAAUAUUUCUUACCGAAACUCUCUCAUUAAAGCAGAGUGUACAUAAGAAGACAUAGGAUUCAAUAUUUGCAAAAGUAAUGACAAAUAGAUGUAAAGACCGAUAGUUUUGAUUGAACGUCGUAAAUCUUUAAUCAAAAAGUUUUGUAUUAACGGGCAUUGCCGAUUCUAAUGGACGUGACAAACGCAUAUAAUAGUGACGACGGAUACCUGGUUGUAACCACCUCAUUUGUAAUGCAAAUGUAACGCCGAUAAAUCAAAUAGUCGUGACAGAAUGACUGAAGAAACUAUUCGUAAUAAUUAAGAUAAAAUGUAGCGGAAAUGUAUGAGCGAGGCAUGCAUCUCAAUCAUGGUGCGGUAUCUUAUCUAUUUUAGACGUUACGUUAGAAAAGCUAUGAGAAAUCGUGCGGGCUUGACGAGCAGGCUGCAAGUAAUAUCGAAGGACGAACUGAAAUUUAAUUCAAAACUGUGGAAACUGUGGCGGUGCGCUGAUAUGACGUUGAGAGAAGAUUGUCUGUCUCUUUGUCACGUGCCCGUAAGCGGAAUGACGGCACGAGUAUCGAUUAAAACGUGAGAAUAUGAGAGGAAACAUAUAUAGCGACAUUUUUUAGGGGUCAUGCCCCCUGGGGCAAACGGUGGAACGGAGGGCUUGGGCCCGACCUGUUCCGAGAUACAUAACAGUCAGGAUCACGCUAUAGCCAAACUCGCACCUCCCCCUACGUUUGUUCAGCAAUGCUACAGACACCUCAAGAGCUCCGGUGUCGGCGAGGCGAGCGUGUAUCAUGCAUUGGUCGUAAUAUUCCUGGAAUUCUUUGCAUGGGGACUAUUAACCAUGCCUAUUAUUAGGGUACUGAACGAAACAUUUCCGGAUCACACGUUCCUGAUGAAUGGCUUGAUAAUAGGAAUCAAAGGAAUCUUAUCUUUUCUCUCCGCGCCACUGAUCGGUGCUCUCUCCGACGUGUGGGGUCGAAAAUUUUUUUUACUCAUCACAGUGGCCUUCACAUGCGCACCAAUUCCCCUAAUGAGCAUUAACACGUGGUGGUUUUUCGCUAUGAUUUCUAUCAGUGGCGUAUUUGCUUGCACAUUCUCGGUCGUGUUUGCAUAUGUUGCGGACGUAACGGAAGAAAAUCAAAGAUCACUAGCGUAUGGCUUGGUGUCGGCAACUUUUGCCGCGAGUAUGGUAAUAAGUCCAGCUUUGGGUGCUUAUAUCAUGAAUACAUAUGGAGAGAAUCUUGCCGUAGCAUUAGCGACAGCUAUCGCGGUCUUGGAUGUGUUUUUCAUAUUAGUGGCUGUACCUGAAAGUUUGCCUGAAAAAACACGUCCACCAGCACCCAUCUCGUGGGAGCAAGCUGAUCCGUUUGCUGCUCUUGGAAAGGUAAAGCAUAAUGUAUUGAAAAAAUAA